AUGUCCGCAUUAGCUGGAAAGACUCUGCUCACUCAAGACGGUACCGAAGUGAAGGCUGACGAUGUAUUUUCCCAGAAGGAUAAAAUUGCUCUAUACUUUUCGGCACACUGGUGCCCCCCUUGCCGCAAGUUCACUCCUAUCCUCAAGGAGUUCUAUGAAGAUGUGAAGGAAGAGGAUGAGGACAAGUUGGAGAUCAUCUUUGUAUCCAGCGACAAGUCAGAAGAGGAGCAGGUUGAGUACCACAAGCAGGAUCACGGCGAGUGGCUGAGAGUGCCAUAUGGGGACGUUGAGACGAGAGACGCUCUGAAGAAGGAGUUUGGAGUGUGCGCGGGGAUAGAAAAAGAGAACCUUGGCAUCAUCAACAAUCACAAAUCUGGAAUACCAUGUCUAGUUGUACGCCGAAAUGCCGGAGUUGUCGAUGCUGCUACUGGGGGCGUGGCUCAGGUUCUUGAUGAGGACAAGCAAGGCGUGAAGGUCUUUGAUGGUGUAAAUGACGUGAAGAACAUGGGCCCAAUAGCCGUCGAUAUGAAGUGGUGA